GGUGAAAACAGCAAUAAAAAGGAGCGCGUGUCUGUGUUUGUGUAUGUGUGAGAGAUCUCCCAACCAGAUGAGCAGACGCUAGGCAACCGUGGGAACACAAGACGAGCGACGUGAAUGAACUGCAAGUAAGUUGCAGCCAAGCAAGCAGAAACUACCUGGAAGCCCAUCCUUCAACCAUCAGAACCAAUCGGCAGUUCUUCAUCUGACCAACGGAGCCAGGUAUUUCCGGGGAAAGCAUCAAUAAUCAGGACCUCUUCCACCGCUCACCUAGCCAGCCAGCCAGCCAGCCAUGUCUCUUACUGUGAAGGACAAGACCCGGGUCAGGCUGGUGUUCCUGGGGGCAGCCGGCGUGGGCAAGACGGCCCUGAUCCACCGCUUCCUGCAGGACACCUUCGAGGUCAAGCACCGGCGCACGGUGGAGGAGCUGCACAGCAGGGAGUACGAGGUAGACACCGGCGUCAAGAUCAUCGUGGAGAUCCUGGACACCAGCGGCAGCUACUCCUUCCCGGCCAUGCGCAAGCUCUCCAUCCAGAGCGGCGACGCCUUCGCGCUGGUCUACGCCGUGGACGACCCCCUGUCGCUGGAGGCCGUCAAGAGCCUGCGCGACGAGAUCCUGGAGGUGAAGGGCGACAAAGAGGCAGCCAUCGUGGUGGUGGGCAACAAGACGGACCGCGAAGCAGAGCGUAGCGUGUCUCACAAAGAGACGUUGGCCACGGUGGAGCUGGACUGGAACCAUAGCUACGUGGAGGCGUCGGCCAAGCAGAACGCCAACGUGUUGGAGGUGUUCCGGGAGCUGCUGCAGCAGGCGCACCUGCCCAGCCGGCUGAGCCCCGCCCUGCGGCGCCGCAGGGAGACCAUCCCCAAGGACGGCAGCUUCAGACCCCCCAUGAACAAGACCAACAGCUGUGUGGUGUCCUGAUGUUGACGAGGGGGAGGAAGUAGUGGGGCAUAGCAUGGGAAAGGGAAAGGUGUAGUUAGUGAGGCGCGAGAGGGUUGGAGGAAGUGAGGGCUGUUGCACAGGACUGGAGAGGAGGGGUAAUACGGACUUGAACUCCUUUUGGUACUGAUGAAUAUAUGAUCGAUUGAUGGAGAGAAACGAAACCGGGUGUUUCCUGACACUCGAAUGCACUUUUUGAAAUCAUCGAUUCAAAAAUAGGGAAGUUUAUUAAAAUUAGCCAAAGGUAAACGCGCAUAUCAGUUUGGAGGUCAUGAUGUAGAAGGAGAUACACCGAAGUGAAUACGUCUUAUUUGUAUGUUGCUGCUUAUUGGGAAACAGAGCGACGAUGGUCGCAUCAGGACGUAUACUUUUCACUUUACAAAUGGUAUUUGCCAAGGCAUUGCGACUGUUGCAAAAUUAAUUGUUUCCUCUUCGCAAUUUAGAAAUUGUAUAUAAAUGUGUUGGCUGAUUGCCAAACCUUAUUUGUGAUAUUGGAAAUUCAUGAUUUUACAUAGUUUGUAUUUCAAUUUUCUGUGUCAUUGUUUUUAUUUACUUUAAGUAUUUUUUUAUUGAAUUAAAUGUUUAGUGUAUAAUAAACGUUUGUCAUAAUGA